GACUGACGAAGCGAUAUAUUAUYGAAUCCGAUCGAAGUUUCUUGACAGAAUUACAAUAUUGUCUACCAAAAAGGCUGCUGGACAAAAAGGACUAGCGCUGAUAGAUCGCAAUACGUUGGUUAUAAGAUGUCGUCAAACAUUGAGCACUUGUCACCAAUGGAAGAGUCCGAUGAUCUCUCUAAGUACACAUUUAUAAAAUAUGCACGUGAUAACUACCGUGAGGGCUCACCCUCCUCACACACGAGGGGCUCUCUUCAGAAGCCUUUACAUCUCCAAGACAAUGAACACAACUACGAGGCUGCCUUGACAAUAUUCCAUGUCAUUCAAAGGUUCAUGUUUGAUUUACCAGAGCCUACCGACUCUAUGCCCGAUGAAGAGGAUAAUGUGUUUUUGAGAACUCUGGCAAGGAACAGCGACUUUGGCGAAGGAACUUUCAAGCGUAAAAUUGACUCAGUCAAGAUGCCUGGGUGGACAAGUAUCCCUCACCUAUCAAGUAUGUCAAAACCAACAACUAAUAUGGAGAAAGUUCGCUUUAUCUGUAGCUAUGGUAUCUAUUGCCAAGAAUUGAGAGAUGAAAUCUAUAGUCAGAUAUGUAUGCAAUUAACGAACAAUCCCUCGAAGACCAGCACUUCACGAGGAUGGAUUAUAUUGGCUGUCUGCUUGGGUUGCUUCCCUCCCUCUGAGAAGUUUAUCAAUUAUCUUCGAAACUUCCUGCGACAAGGACCCGAAGGCUACGCUGAAUUCUGCGAGAACAAGCUCAUGAGAACAAUGGCUAUUGGAUGUCGAAAACUUGCACCUGCCUCGCUAGAGCUCGGCGCAGCGAAAAUGGAAGGAAAAAUCAUGAUACCCAUCAUUACAAUGGACUCAAAGACGUACGAAUUCGAGGUGGAUUCUUCAACCACUUGCGAGGAGCUGCUGAAAGAUUUCCAAAGUAAAUUGGGACUGAAAAACAUUUUUGGAUUUUCAGUGUUUGCAAAGCAGUUUGAAGAGGUCUUCAACUGGGGCUGUGGUAGUGAUUGCAUUAUGGAUUUAAUUUCUUUGUGUGAACAGUAUGCCAUUUACAAGCAUGUUUCAGAAGAAGAACGUCACAAUUGGACUAUUUUCGUUCGAAAAGACGUGUUUCUGUCCAGUCACAAUGCUGCAAGUGACCCAGUUGAAACCAAUCUUAUCUACUGGCAAAUUAUGGGUGGCAUCCAUGUGGGAGAAUAUCACUGCACUGAUAAUAACGAACURGCUGAAUUGUUGGCCAAACGAUAUUACGUCGAGUACGGUAAAAUUAUGACUGAUGAAAAUCUUGGUAAUAUUGUCGAAAAUGGUGGACCGCCUAACCAAGACUACCAACAACAUAUGGAGCUCACGCAUCUAGUUCAGACAAAGUUCCAGUCGACGGCAAGCAUCGUAAGUUUAUCUGAAUCAGGCAUGUCCAAAAUCGACGUUGUCAACUUAGCCUGCUCUAAGAAAGCCUGGCAAAAAGAUUUUUCCAGGAUUUUUAACGCCAAUCUCAUUUCCGGUCCAAAACUUCCAAAAGGACCUGUCCGUCUGUUUUUUCAUAGUGGUGGUGUGGACUUGCUAUCCACAAAAAAGAAAUCAAAAGGAGCCUUCUUCUUGAACAUUCUCUUUGAGCACAUUGCAAGCAUAACAAACGACAGCCCUGAAUACAUGAAGAUUAAAGGUGGUCGUUUUGACACUAGUAACUAUCUUACUAUCCGUACUUAUGAGAARUCAACCUACACUUUUUCAUCACCUGGAGCGAAGGACAUGUACAAACUGGGACAUACGCUUCUGGAAGACUACAAAAGAGGAGACCCUACCCUUGCUGACGUGUAUAACUCACCUUAGACUAUUCAUUAUCGCAUUGUUUUAUGAUACACGCAAAGUUAUAGAAGUUUAAUAACCAUGAAGCAUAUUUUACCAAGAAAUUUAGCAGAAUAACGAAUGAUGACGGGCACUGUCUCUCGUGUUUUAAACCAUACAUAACAUACAGUUAAGAACAGUAUAUAAAGCAAAUUUCUAAUUCAGAUUAUUAACAUGUAUUAAUAAGGUAUAAAAAUGAAAAUAAAAACAGAUAAAAUGACA